UAAGAAUGUAAAUGGAAAUCUCUGCCCAAGGCAUCCGAUCCCAUCCCCGGCUUUAUCCUCCUAUAUUUUCACCUCCUGUUUUCAUCGAACUGUUACAGAAUCUAAAACCUGGUUUAGGGUUGCUUGCGUUUACGAUCUCUGCAUUUUCCUUCAUUUCCGACGAUGGCCGGCCAUGCCAAUGCUGAUCAGCACCACCGCCUCUCCGUUGACACUCCUACGCCGCCGAUCUCCAAAGAUGUGCAAGUUUCUGAUAGUUCCAUUCCCCUUUCUCCUCAAUGGCUUCUGCCUAAGCCGGGGGAUAACAGGCUUGGGCUAGCAGCUAGGGAGACUCAUCCUCACCUAGGCAAGAACACUGAUCCUCCAAAAGCUUUGGGAAAUGUUGAAGACCAUCUUACUUCAGAAAAGAGAAAAGAUGUUUACAGGCCUUCCUUUCAUGACACAGAAAGAGGACGUCGUGACCGCUGGGGUGACGAAGAAAGAGAAGCAAACUCUGUUAUUCGCCGAGAUUUUCAGAGGGAGGGAGAGGAGCUCGGCGAUUCAAGAAAAUCAGAUCGGUGGUCAAACACUGCCUCUAAAUAUUCCGGAGAAGCACGCCGUUUUGAUAGGUGGGCUGAUUCAAUGAGCAGGGAAAGUGCUUAUGAGCCACGUCGAGAGAGUAAAUGGAAUACACGUUGGGGUCCUGAUGACAAAGAGUCGGAGAGAAGGCAUGAGAAGUGGUCUGUGAAGGAUGUUGAGUCAUCUCAUGAUAAAGGGGCUUAUCAUCCACCCAUCCAUGCAAAGGACAUGAACAAUCAAGGCAAAGAUACUGACAAGGAAGGAGAGCACCACCGUUUAUGGAGAACUUCUGUUGUAAAUCGUGGUAAGGGGGAAACUAACCCCUACCUUCCAUCAACUAAACCGGUCCCAAUGUUUGGCCAUGGUAGAGGGAAGGGGGACAAUGGUGGCUUGAGUGCUAGCAAUGUGAGCGGCGAUUCUGCACGUCACUUUCCUUUAGGUACUGCAUCAGAUAGCUCCAAUGGUGGUCAUAUAGAUCAUCAUAUUCUAAGAUAUAGCAGGAUGAAGUUGCUCGACAUUUGCCGGAUGACUGAUCUAAAAGGCUAUAGGAUGUCGCAUGAGUGGUUUCGAGAAUUUCCCUCGUUGAUGCAAGCGGACCCUCUGAUGCCGCUGUCGCUUACUGCUCCUACGGCCGAAGAAUUGUUUAUGUUGGAGGCAAUAGACAAGGGGGACAUUUUGAGUAGUGGUGUUCCUCUGGCUUCAAAAGAAGGCCUCGGCAGGAAGAAUUCUGUAGAUUCGGCGUCAUUACUAUCGGCUAAACCAGGGAUCGAAGAAGAUGCAGCCCCUGCUUUGAGUGAUCAUAGAGACGAGAUAACUGGUCAUCGGACCAAAGAUCAAUCUUGUUAUGCAGAGAGUGCUUUGUAUAACAAUUGUUUGCUAGGGUUUGAUUUAAAGCCCCCGUCCGGUGAAAGCUUUUGUCAAUCUAAAGAUGUCUCAACUGCUGAAGCAUUUAAGUUUGAAAUCCCACCUAACAAGGCAUUUGAUCCAACUAAGAGAGAAGCGAGCAAGGCGGAAAACACGAUUCCAUGCAUAUCUCACCCAUUUGGAGUUGGGGCCCUUCGGCCAUCUAAUUAUUUGCACUCUUUGACCGAAGAUCGAUCAGGACCAGCUGACAUGGACCGUCUAAAUACACGGAAAGAGAUGUUGAUUGAGCCGAGUAAUAGGUGUGUUGAUUCCUCCUCUUCUCUCAGAGGUGAUUCACAAUCAGAUGUGAGGGCUGAGUCUUGGAUUAGAAGGCAACCAUCCGAGACAAUUGAGGGGGAAGGUUUCACUCAUCUUCAUUCUCAGGGCAAUCCUUUUAUUCUCAGGGAUAAGUUAGCUGAUAGAAAACUCCAUCAAUUUCCAUCUCCUGAACUCCUAAGUUUAUUUUAUAAGGAUCCACAGGGUCAAGUUCAAGGGCCUUUUUCUGGCACUAAUCUAAUUGAAUGGUUUGAUGCUGGAUAUUUUGGUAUCGACUUACAGGUCCGCCUUGCCAAUGCGCCAGCAGAUACUCCCUUCUCAUUGCUUGGUGAUGUUAUACCGCAGUUGCGAACUAGAGUUAGACCUCCACCUGGAUUUGGCUCAGCAAGGCCGAACGACAUUGUGGAAGUGUCAAAUAAGGGUAAAUUUGGCGGUCCUAGUGGCAUUCAUGCAGGCAUAGCAGAUUUUGAGCUAAUGAAAAAUGGUGGAGUUCUCAGAAACGAAUCUAAAGUUAGAGCAGAAAAUCAAUUUCUGGAAUCUCUGAUGUCUGCUAGAAUCAGCAGUUCAGUGCCAGAUAAUUACACCUUGUCUGAAGCUAUGCAAAAAUACAAUGGACUCGCUGGUGGUAGACCGUCAUUGGGAAUAGAAAAUAUGAACGAUAUUAUGCACUUGCCCCAGAAAAUGCCAUUGGAGCAGCCAAGUCCUUUACCAUCUCCCUAUAGACCGGGUAGAGAAUCCCCAGCCAUCUUAUCGAAGCCCGAUGCUAUUGGAGAGUUUCCAAUCCCUCCAAAAAUUUUACCUCAAUUAGGAGAAGUUCCUCACCAUAUCCCUCAGUCUCUCCAACAUGUGGACCUAUUGUCUAUUUUCCAAUCUGUGGCUGACAAAACUCCUCCACCUGCCAUUAAUUCUGCUUCAUCUCAAUGGCCGAGCUUCCCAGAGGUUCAAGCUCUGAGAAGUACGCAUGCGAGCAUAGAUAUUACGAAAGAUUCAUUUGAUCCUAAUCAGCAGAACUCCCAAAGUGUCUUUGGCUCUUUACCAAAUAGGUUGCAACCUCAAUUUCCACCUCCUUUAUCAAAUCAAAAUCCGGUUGCAAGUCAUCCCGCUUCUGAAUUUAGUCAAGAUGCACAGAUGGCUCAUAUGGUGCGACAGCAGUAUAUGUUAUUGGCCCAGCAGAUGCAUUCCCAAGUUCCUCUUAAUCAAAUGGAGCUAUUGUUACUCAUGCAGCGGCAACAACAGGAGCAACUUCAGAAUCAGCUGCUCAUGCAACAGCAACAACAGCAUUUUCUUUCUCAUCCCCAAUCUGUAUAUAACUCGUAUAAGAAUAAUAAUGAACCAACUCUUAGUCCUCCAAGCACUGAAGUUUUUCAUGAAAAUGCGUCUUUGAAAAGUUCCUCUGUUCAGUUGCCUGAAGUGGCAGCUUGUGGUAGUCGUCCGAUGCAUGUCCUUGAUUCUAAUCAUAGUCAUGCACAUAAAACUUUUGUUCAGGGGGAGGGUACUGCUGAUAUUAUUGAGCAUUCGCUCCUAAAUUUGCCAAAUCAAUUUAUUAACAUGGUACCUCAUUCAAAUAAAAUGGAUCCUUCUCCACUGGAUAUAGGAUCCACUAAAACUGCUAAUAUCGUGUCAGCUGUGGAGGGUCGUGCACUGGAGACUUCUGUUCCGCAGCUCCAUUCCAUGGAUGCGGCCAUAUCUGAAGUAUCAGACAAAUUGGCUCAAAUAAAUGAAGUUUCUGAUACUUCAUUACCUGAAAAAGGAGAAAGAAUUCUGGACUCAAAGUUAUCUGUUUCAGAGAUGAUUGAUGAAGUGAAAAUUUCUCCUGGCUCCAUUUCUGAGCUGAUUGAUGGCAUGGAAAUUUCUCCUGGUGCCAUUUCUGACCAAUUCCGUGGUGAAGCACCUGAACUUAAAGGAGUGGAAGAUGCACAACAAUGUGAGGUUAAGAAAAUCUCAGAGAAGAAGUCAAGAAAGCACAAGAACUCACACCUAAGGGCAGCUGCGGAGUGCAGUAAGGGGUCAGUGAAAGCUGCAUUUGGUCAGAAGUCUAAAACUAAUUCCGAAAUUGGGGGAGUGGAAAAGGGCCUAGGCAUGGAUGCAGCAGAACCUCUUCAUAAAACAACACUUGAAGCAGGAGGCGAAGGCUGUGCUUCAUCUCUAAUAGAGUCGUUGGAAUCUCAUGUUGGUCUUUCACAAUCAGGUGCCUUAGAUAUGAAAACUGAAGAAGACGAAACAAAAGUCAAGGAUGGUGACCUUGUGUCGCCAUCUUCGAAGAAUCAGGCAUGGAAGCCUGUUCCUGGACAAAAAAGGACAAAGCCGCUUUCAGAGAUUCAAGUGGAGGAACAACGUAGGGCUCAAAUACAUUCAUUCGGUGCAGAUAAUAUUGCCGAGAUUGUACCCACAAAUGUUUCUCCUGCUCCCUUGGCUGAUAGUUUGAUCAUUUCAGAUCUGAAAAAUACUGUAGAUGCUGCCCCCUGUGAUAAUCUGGGACAAUCUAUAUUUGAGAAUCGCCAGAAUCCUUGGAACUUGAGAAAUAUAAGCCAAUUACCUGAUGUUCUGAAUAAAGAGGCUUUACCUAAAGUGUCAGUAGAGGAAAAGGGCACAUCUUCACAUCCCCUACCUGAAAUUAAGGCAUCCGUGGAUAAUGAUGAUUUUAUUGAGGCAAAAGAGACCAGAAAAAGUCGAAAAAAAGCAAUGAAGAAUAAAGGCGUUGCUGUGAAGGCUUCAUUGCCAAACAAUUCAGCAGUUGUCUCUGAUUCUACGAUUACCACUGAACAGACCAAAGCUGCUCGUCAAAUACAGCAAGAUAAAGAUUUGCUGCCUAGUCCACCCUCUGCACCAUCCUUGGGAGAUUUUCUUUUUUGGAAAGGAGAUCAAGCAAGUACAGUCCCUUCUCCUGCUUGGUCCACAGAUUCAAUAAAGCUUCAGAAGCCCUCGGUUUUAAGAGACAUUUUUAAGGAACAAGACAAGAAAAAAAUAAAACCAGGGAAACAACAAACUUCGAUUCCAACACCGACCAAGGUUCAACCCAGUAUGGGGACUGUUGGAAGCAGUUCUUCUGCAUCGCUUCCUGACCCUUCUCCAUCCAAAGCUUCGGCUCCGAUCAAUUCUAACCCCACUGCUCCUACACAGACAAGUUCCCUUGGUUCAGGACAGCACAAAACUGGAAUGGAAGAUGAUUUCUUCUGGGGCAACCUCAACGAAAGCAAAGACGUAAGCAGGUCUGAUUUUCCAUCACUUGCUAACAACCCAAGCAGUCAGAAUGUGAAAGGAACCCCUGUCAAAGGUGUUCAGGGCGAAGGAUCAAGUAAGAAAGCGUCAAGCAGCAAGCCUGUUGAGCAUUCUAUUACUUCUUUGCCAGCCAUCAGCAAAUCUUUUUCUAAAGGGAAGAAAAAUACUGAAUCGAAAUAUUCAGAGGCCAUGGAUUUUCGAAACUGGUGCGAAGGGGAGUGGUUUAGACUUACCGGCACAAAUG